AUGGGAGAUGGAUUGAGUAUUAAAAUUAAUACGGCUGUAAGAAGUGCAAAGAACUGGCAGCGCACUGCUUGGUUUGAGCGGGACUAUAGACGUGUUGCGGCAAUGUCUGUUGCGAAACGGGUCAGUGAAGAAAUGGGCUGCCGUCUGGGCUCUGAAGUUGGCUACACCAUUCGAUUUGAGGAUUGUACCAGUGCCACAUUGGAUGCAGUAAAAUUCUCGGAAUAUUUCUAUGAAGCACCAAUAUUUACAAUACCUGGAAGGACGUUCCCUGUCGAAAUUCUUUAUACACGAGAACCGGAGACAGAUUAUUUGGAUGCAGCACACAUAACCGUCAUGCAAAUACAUCUUACCGAGCCUCCUGGCGAUAUUCUUGUUUUCCUCACUGGGCAGGAGGAAAUUGACACGUCCUGUGAAGUGCUGUACGAAAGGAUGAAAAGCCUCGGUCCAAAUGUGCCGGAAUUGAUCAUUUUGCCCGUCUAUGGUGCAUUGCCAAGCGAGAUGCAGACACGAAUAUUCGAGCCCGCUCCGGCUGGCAGUCGAAAAGUGGUUAUUGCUACAAAUAUCGCGGAAACUUCGCUAACUAUCGAUGGAAUUUACUAUGUGGUUGAUCCAGGUUUUGUAAAACAAAAAAUAUACAAUCCGAAGAGCGGAAUGGACUCGUUGGUGGUUACACCAAUUUCACAAGCUCAGGCUAAACAAAGGGCCGGGCGUGCUGGACGUACUGGACCCGGCAAAUGUUAUCGACUUUAUACAGAGAGAGCAUACAGGUAAUC